AAAUCCGCCCCCAAGAUCCCCUUCCCUCAGGGGGGAGGACGGCCUCCAUCAUGGCGGCCGUGGAGAAGGACAAGCCGGAAGUGAAGCCUCCCCGACCGGAAGUGGCCAUUUUUCCUCAGACAGCCGCCAUGGCCCACCCCCCCCUUCCCGCAGUUGCCAGGAAGAAGGGACGCCCGGGCGGGAUCCACGCCGCGGUGAAAGCCGGGGACGUAGAGCAGCUCGGCGCCGCGGUGGAGAGCGGAGCCGGCAUCAACGAGGUCGAUCCCGUCCAUAAAUUUACCCCCUUACACUGGGCGGCCCAUUCGGGAAGCCUCGAGUGUCUCCACUGGCUGCUCUGGCACGGGGCUGACGUGGCCGAGACGGCUCCGAGAGGGUGGACGGCGGCUCACCUGGCCGCCAUCAAGGGACAGGAUGCCUGCAUGCAGGCCCUGCUUGGCGGCGGAGCGAACCCCACGGCCAGAGAUGACCGUGGCCGCACCCCGGGACAUCUGGCGGCUGCCCACGGCCACUCCUACACUCUGCUGACCGUCCUGCGGACCGGAGCGGACCCCAACGUGGCCGACGAGAGCGCCUGGACCCCCGUGCACCACGCGGCCUUCCACGGGCGCCUGGGCUGCCUGCAGCUCCUCGUUCGCUGGGGGGCUGGCGUGAACGACGUGGACCGGGACGGAAACCUCCCAGUUCAUCUUGCCGCCAUGGAGGGCCACCUGCAUUGUUUCAAAUUUCUGCUCAGUAAAAUGGCCAGCACGACCCAAGCCCUGACAGCCUGUAAUGACCACGGAGAGAACGCGAGAGACCUCGCCCAGAGAUUCUUCAAAGAGGACAUCGUGCGCUAUAUAGAGAGAGCAGGGGAUGAGAGAGAAGGACUGGAAGAUCAGGAAAGUUUAACAUUCCCAGGACACCAGGCGGCCUUUCAAGGGGACCUGGAGACACUCAGGAAGUUGGUGGAAAGUGGAAUCAUCAAUAUUAACGAGCGAGACAAUUUGGGAUCUACCCCGUUGCACAAAGCGGCCGGGCAAGGGCACGUGGACUGUCUGCGGUGGCUCAUCGCAGCGGGAGCGGACUGCAACAUCACCAACAAGGCGCAGGAAACCCCCGGGGACGUGGCCAGGAGGUUUGCCAGCUUGGCCGCGGGGCAGCUGUUGGGGGCUCUGCAGGGCGCGGAUUCCCCCGAAGUCAUCGAUGAAAAGGACAUCAGAUUUUUCAAGAGCCACGGAGUGGAAGGGAGCACCGAUGCCAAGGGGGACUGCGACCCCGGCGAAGCCGAGAGGACCGAAGCUCGAAUGAGGGCUCAUAAGAAGAUUGGAGAAUUGGAAGGCCUUCUGGAAACCGCCCGGAGCAACUACAGGCAGCUCGGAGGGAUAUCGGCGGAAGACAUCAAGCGGAAGAGAGAAAACCGAGAGGCCGAAAAGGUAAUCAAAGAACUGCAGGACCAGCUGGAAUUCGAGCGGCUGCGGAGAGAGAAGCUGGAAUGUCAGCUGGACGAGGCCCGGAUGGAGGCCCGUCGGCUCAAGGACUCGCUGGAGAAACGUCAGGCGGCCCAAGCCGUGACUGGGGAGGGCCCGCCCGGCGGGGGUUCGAGCCCGGAGAAGAGGAGAGGGAAGAAAAAGCCGGCUCCUCCCGGAGUGUUCGUGAGGAGGUGCUGACGGGAGAGGGACAACCUGGUCAAAAAACAGACCCGGCGCCUUUCCCGGUUUCGUAUCUAUAGCUAAAUCCUGUCUGACGUGCCCCGCCGCGUGUUGCGUGAAGUAGCAGGAAUGGAUGCUCGAUCGCUUAAAUGGCUCCGGCAGGACAGGAGCUUUUGCUCACGCUCUGGGGAGUUAAAACAGGUUCACCCUCCAGUCCCUGCUUAGGCGGUUAAGUAAUCUGAAUCCUCGUGAGGGAUGUUCUCCCGGCCCGGUUUUCCGCCUCUUAGAACCUAGCUGUCGGACUUGGACCCGGAGCCUCCAGAGACAGUUUCCGUCGUGGCCGUGCUCCGGAUGGCCCUCUGCGGUGGUGGCCCUAGCUUGGCCCGCGGGAGGACACUGCCCUUGGGGUCUCCCUGACGCGGAGAGGGAGAGGCAGUCCCACUGUGCAGCCCCGGGAAAUAGGAGGGAAAAACCGACCCUGAGGCCUCCAACGGGAUCGUCGGCUUCGUUUGUAAUAAACGCACGUAGGCAGUUGGGC